AUGGCUUACGAACCAGUUGGCCGUACCGACGGCUCGCGGAUAUCAAUCAGUGACGACCUUGAUACGAGAAUGCAGUACGACUCCGGCUCAUAUAUUAGCAACCCUUCAGCGACGGGUUCAGUGCACCGUGGACUAGGAGAUCGCGCCAAAGAUGUCAAAGGUGCAACAUGGUCUAGUGAAUCAAUAUCAGAGCAGUGGCCUUUGAAGUCGCAGAAACUGGCACAGAUUACGCCGUCGCGUGGAAUCGCCAUGUUUUUUGACCUUAUUCUAGCGUCCACGCCUAUCAUGUUUAUUGCUCUUGCCCUCAUAGCUGCCAGGCUGGACGGGACAGAGACCUCGGACUAUGGAUCCAAUCUGAAAGAGACGUUACUCAUAUCGCCCACCAUCUUUCCCCUCCUCUUCGCAGCCUUGAUGGGAAGGUUCUUUCGCUAUUUUGGUCUCUGGCUGGCGCAACGAGGGACAACCCUCGGUCGUCUUGAGCAGCUGAUCGGCUGUCAAUCCGUUUUCUCUGCACUUGAGCGACAAAUCUCUCUCCGUUCGUGGUCCAUUAUCGGAAUAGCAUCAAUUCUAAUCUGGCUUCUCUCACCAGUCGGAGGUCAAUCAGCACUGCGUCUGCUCGACCAAGAAAGCGGCGAAAUCUAUUCUACUCGUCAAAUUCGCUAUUUGAGCCCGAUGUCAGUAAUGAAAAGCAUAUUAACUGGCGCUAGCUCCGUCAAUAGCGGUCGGAGUGGCUUCACCGCCAUUUGCCUUGCAGCUCUACUCAGUAGUUCCAAGGUUAAGAACACGCCCGUGGACUUGUGGGGAAACGUUAAACUUCCUCUAUACCGGCAUAUUGAGAACAGCACCUCUGAUGAAUGGAAAACCAUCUGGAACCCGACCGGCAACAACAUCACAUACGCUUCUCUUAUAGGCAUUCCGGUUGUCGGUCUACCUACGGAUGGAGUCAGCACUUUUAAUAUCAAAGCCCGUCAAUGGGAUAUAACCUGUUCGAGCAACAAAGGCACCAACGACAAUCAGACAGACUUCGUGAACCAAUACACAUGGCAACUUUCUUAUACCGAUCCUAAGACGCCAGUUUGCCAAAACCAAACACGAUGCAACACCUCAAAGUGCAGCGGUUAUCCUUGUCCCAUCCGUAGCCUAUCGCUAGCCAACGAAGAUCCCUAUUUCUUCUCAGUAGCUGCGUGCAAUCUGACAUUUGAGAAUUUCGAGGCGCAAGUGCAAUGCACCGGGCGGGCAUGUGCUGUACAGAAAAUGAGGAAAAUUCCAUUACUGGACGAUGAUUACCCAAUAGGCUUCGAUACAACCAUGCGCAAUCAAUUCGCCGUCAUUCAACUCUCCCAAAUGACUUCGCUAGAUAACUAUAACAUGGCAAGCAGAGUAGCUCGAGGCUCCACCAACAUGGAAAGAUGGAUGAGAGACCCUUCGCAAUUCAUUGGCGUACUGUACAACAACGUGAACCUGUAUGAGCUGUCGCCACAGCUCUUUGGAGAUCGAAUGACAAUCGGAUACAACACUUACUGGCAGUCGACAUACGGAACCCCCUCUCUGGCCGGCAAUUUACCCGAUUCUGUAGUAGAAACGGGAGUGCUCAGAGGUGCAACGCCUGCCUCUGACGCGGAAUUUGUGGUGUCUGAAGCAUCCACAGUCACAAAGACAAAGCCAAUGUACAAGACAAACUGGAAAUGGUUCACAGCGCUCAUGGUGUGCUCGUGUAUCCUAUUGGUGGCGGCGUACACUGGCCUUGUCCUCAAAUACAUCACCAUCGCCCCAGACAUCAUUGGCUACGCCUCUUCUCUAACAAUUCUGAAUCCAUAUGUUCCGACACCAACAGGAGGAACUACGCUCCACGGCCUGCAACGCGCAACCUUGCUACGCGACUUGCCGGUGCGUAUAGGCGACGUUAGUCCCAACGAGCCCGUCGGCGUCAUCGCACUUGUCAGAGCCGACACAGAGCAAGUAGCAAGCCUAGACAGGCAACGGUCAUACAUAUGA